AGGAAGGAAGGAAGGAAGGAAGGAAGGAAGGAAGGAAGGAAGGAAGGAAGGAAGGAUGGAUGAUGUCCCCUCCAUCUCUAAAUGUAUUAUCCUAUUGUUAACAGAAUUUUACUGUAUUAAUUUCUAAACUAUGAAUAGCUAGAGCUAUACAAAGCAGUACUAGAGACAGGGUUUUUUGUAGAUCAAACAUUUUAAUUAAUCAAUUUUGGAGUGAGGAAUGUGGUUUGCAAACCGGAAGUUUUCCUGGGAAAAAGACCUUCCCUGCUGCAGUAAAAGCAGAGACUUUUUUUACAGAAAUUAUAAGUAGGAAGGAAGGAGGAAGAGGAAUUAUGAUACAAUCUUUCUCAAGUCCUGAGUGAAUGCCCAUGAGAAGCCCCUGAGUGCAGGAUAAUAUAGGUGUUCUUGAGUCCCAUGAGAACAAUUCUUCAGUGAUUAUUUCAAAACCCAUAGGUUGUUACUUGGUGGGAGACCAGAUCAGAGUUCUAUAAUAGAAGCAGGUUUUACAAUUUUUGAUCCACUUCACUUACCAUAAAUGAAAGAGUGUUAUCAAGAAUUGACUGAUCAUUUCAAACUGUAUUGUGAGACUCUGACUCCCAACAGAAUCUGCUGGGGAAAUAGUAGCUCUGAAAAAAUGUAAAUUAUUAUUAAAUUCUUUACAUAUAUAAUAUUAAUUAAAAUGAAAGCCAUAAUUUCCUUCACACUAUGAAUGUUCAUAAUCUCCAAACUACAUGGAAUUAAAAGUUUUCAAAACAUAGAGACCUAAUAGAAAAAAAAUGAAACUCAUGUGAGAGGCAGAUGACAAAAGGCAUAUGUAAUUCCUUUCAUCCUAUCCAAACCAUCUGCUACUGGAGCUGUUCCAAAGACACAUUCAGUAGGGCUAGUAGAAAUGAACUUAUAUCCCAAUAUUUCUGUUCAAUCACCACCAUCAACAAUAGCCCAAAAAAAAAGGCCAUAUAUGAUUAACUAUAAAAGAAUAAUAGCAAGAUAAUGAGUUGCCUUCUGAUAAUCUCUAUCUGAACUUCACAAAAAGAAAAGAUGAAAACAAGAUAAUAAAGACCUAUCUUGCAUUUUAGAAUUUUUAAGUCUUUUCACACUCAUUUCAUUUAAUUCUCACAAUAAAUUGUGAGAUUUAUUCACAGUUGUGAAUAUACUAAAUAACUAUUUCUCCACAUGAAAAAAGAGGGAGAGACAUCAAUGCCUUUUACACAAAGCUACACAUUAAAUUAAAGAGUGACCAGAAGAGAGGUGUCCUGAUUUUGAAUUUAGUUCUUUUUCUGUUAUAGCUUUGUGAUAUGAACUCCAGAAUGCAGAUAGGUAGACUACAUUCUGGUAGACAUAAAAAUGCCAUAAGUAUUAUGAGACUAUAGAGAGACAGAGAGAUUGCUACUUCCCAUGGUCAUAUAGUAAGCCAGGAACAUGAUGUUCUGUUUCCAUAGGAAUUGAAUAUGACUCUCUUAACUUCAAAUCCAGACACUUCUGAUGUCAGGAAUGACAUAAUCCUUGCUCAUGAUUGGCUUUACCAUUUUUGUUCAGUUUAUCCCACUCUUCAUGACUUCAUUUGAGUGUUUUGGGGUUUUUUUUUAUUUGUUUGUUGUUUUGGGGGGAGGUGGGGCAAAGGCACUGGAAAGGUUUGCCAUUUCCUUCUCAUUUUACAGAUAAGGGAACGGAGGCAAACAGGGUCAAGUGACUUGCCAAGACUUACACAGCUAGUAAGUGUCUGAUUGUUUCUGACUCUGAUUAAAGCGCAUUGCUUUAACCGUCUAGUUGCUAAGCUUUAGUGGGAAAAGACAGACAAAGAAGUAAUUUUGAAAGAUCCACCUGACACCACCCGUAGGAUCUUGGGCAAAUCACUUUCUCUCUCAGAGCCUCCAUUUCCUCCUAAGGGAUCUAAGGGGUUCCUUCCACUUCUAUAUGUAUUAACCUUGACGAAAUGCUCCAAGAAACUUUGAAGGAGGGAUUACUUUCAGCGGCGGAGGGAGGAAUCAGGAGAAGUUCUGUGCAAGGCAAUUUUAUAGUCUCGUACAAUUUUCACUACUCUAGACAUGACAAAAGAAAUUGUCACUUUUCCUAGUGCCAUAAACCUGGAUGGGUAUUUGAGAUAAAGUGACGGGGAGAAAGCGGAGGAGAAUCACUUGAAGCUGUGCUAGGAGGCAGAGGCUCUGGAACAAACGCUGCCUUCCUCUUCCGAAAGCAGCCUCUGGUGAGACAGGUUAAGGUCCUCUGGGCGCUGGCCCAGAAAUGUUUUAGGAUGGGGAGAAGGACGCGGAACCUUCUCUAUUAGAGGGAGAGGGUGGAGAAGCUGCUUUCUCCUACCUCUCCCCAAUCCUCCCUGGAGCGAAAGCAAAAGCAAAAGUGAAAGUGAACGCCACUGUCCCCCACCCCGACCUCCGCCCACCAGCAAGCCUCGCUCAGCCUCUUUUCUGUCUCGGCCGGGUCGCUCCCGUCACCUCCUUUUCCCUUCCCUCUAGCCAGGGGAAGCCGGAGCCCGGGAGCCCGCUGCCGCUUCGCAGUGGAAGCAGAGCCGCUGCCAACCCGGAGAGCGUGGGCUCGAGUGGGCACGCGCCUAACUAACCUCAGGGGGCGCUCUGGCGCUCGGACGCUGUGGACCCAGUAGGGGUGGGGAGAGCGGAGGCGGGAAGCUCAACUGAUGGCAAAGUGCAGCCAGGUCCUGCGCUGUCGGCUCAUCGCCCUGCCCCUGCUGUGGCUCCAGCUCCUCCCGCUGCUGCCCCUCUGCGCUUUGCGAGAAGAAUGCCCACAACCACCUCAAAUUGACUUUGCCUUCUUUGAAACACAAGUGUAUAUGAAGGGCACUAUCCUAGACUGUUCCUGUAAACAUGGUUAUGAUAGGAAGGAAGGUACUCCCCUCUUCAUUGUGUGUGGAGGAGUCAGCUCAAGGUAUUCUUCCUGGAAUGGAAAAUGUCAGUGUAAACGUAAAUCCCCUCCGAGCCAAGAAGAACAAAAUGUUACAAGUGCUCCUGAAGAACAGAAAGACAGAACUCCAACUACAAAGAACAGAUUUCAGACUUAUAAUCCCACAAGUCACUGCCAAGAACCUGUACUUUGGAGCCAUGCUAGUGAAACAAUGAGUUACCAGUUUGUGGUGGGACAGAAACUUCAGUAUCAGUGUCUCAAAACAGCUAAGUAUGGGAAAACUGUUGAGAGUAUCUGCAAGAAAAUCGAUGGAAAACCAAUAUGGACUAAACCUGAUCUGAAGUGCACCAGUGUCAAUCCCACUGAAACAUCUGUACCAUCUUUAAUUAUUGCAGAAGAUCUGAUAUCAACUUCCACUGAAACAUCUGUAAUAUCUUCAUUAACUACAGAAGAUAAGAUGUCAACUUCCACUGAAACAUCUAUGCCAUCUCCAUUUACUACAGAAUAUAAGAUAGCAGUAUUUGCUGCUUGUGUUUUCCUCUUAAGUUUUAUAAUCUUCCUGGUCUGGAGCUGGAGGAAAAGAUGGAGGAGGAGAAGGCAAACUAAUAAAGAAAAGACCAAAACAAGAGAAGUAAGAAGCCAACAAUACUGUGGCAAGGAUCACAUGACUGACUAUCCCAUAGGACUCUUAGAUACUUAGUAUGCUAGAAGCCUUCCUUAUUUUUCUCUGACAUGCCAAAGAGCAACCACAUAAGCUAAAUGUUUACCUGUCGAGUCAAAAUUAAUGGCAGCAAAUCUUCCAGAAGUGUCAGUUACUGACAUAGUUGAUCACUUAAAUUAAGAAGGAAGACACAGUACCAUAGUUACAGCAAAAACAAAGAUCAGUACUCAUUAGGACUGCUUUACAACAGCUCUUAUCAGCCUCUAAACUCAGUCCAUUUUGAUCAAUCUGCUGUGACAAGCUGGUGAGCUCUCUAUUAGAAUGGUCUAGUAGGGAGAUAGAAAAAAAAAGAGUUCUUUGCUAGGCUAAAAUAGUAAGUUUCCUUUAAGUGUCAAAAUAGUCGGUUUCCAUUCAUUUAUUCAUAUAUUCAUUCAUUUAUUCAACAAAAUGUUUAUUAACUAAUGGUUAUGUAUAGAACACUGCGCUAAGACUUGAUGAAACAAGAUAAAUAAGACUUGCUUUAUGUCUUAAAAAGUUCUAUUUGGUUGUGGGGUGAGAGAGAGGACGUGAACACAUACAUACAUACAUAUACACACACACACACACAUACUUCUUUAGUAAUAAUUCUCAAGAGGAUAGAAUAUCAGUAUGUUUGACCUUACUUCCCAGGCUUAGAGGCAAAUGAGAAAAGAAUUACUAUUUUUAAAUCAUCAACUGACCUGAAUCUACUGUAAAACUACAAAUUUUUAACAUACCCUCAAAAUUUUAACACAAACAGCAUGAUCUUACUUCUUUGCAGUAUUUAGGUACAAUCUUCAUUCUUUUCCUGUGCAUAGGGAAUUUCUUCUUAUUUCUUUUGUCCCCUUUUUGGAUCUUUUUGAAUAUAUUACCUAUCAAUAUCUCUGUCUCAACUGGAGGAAACAAUGAGGAAGGAGAGGUGAAGAGAGGGGAAGUAAAUAUGCUCAAGCAACCUUAAGCAAAUUUGAUUAAGGUGACAAAAAAAUUUAAAAAGCAAAAUUAGAACUAUGGUUCCUCCCAUAUGGUAUAAUCCUUUUGUCACCAUUUACUUAGUGGAUGUCAUAUCUGAAAUUUCAGAUUAUUGAGGGAAAAGGAAGGAUCAUCCAGAUCAUCCAAAGAUAUGAAUGAAAAUUUAUUAGUUAAAAACAACAGAGCAUAAAGAAAAAAUGCUCGCUACUUAAGGAUUUGUUUUACUUUUACCCCAAUUUCCUAAUACUGAAUGAUACAAUCAAACAAAACCCCAGCACAAAUUUAAGUGAUAACCCUUUGGCUCUUUUGCUGACCUUUAAUGACCUGCCCUGCUUUCUGUAAACUCUUAAGAGUAAAGAUUAUUUCUUUUUCUUUCUUCAUUUUCUUCUUCUUCUUUUUGUAUUUGUGUCCUUAACAGGCUGAAUAGAGCAUAACUGGCAUUUUUAAAAUAUUUGAUUGUUAAUGAAUUUGAUGUUAAACACACUAAAAGCAACAGACAAAUUCAGUUUUUUCUUAGUAUUUAAGAUAGCUUAAUUCUAUCUUGUCUUCAUUGGAAACAGCUACUUAGAUUAUAAAUUCUCAGAAAGCAAGUGGCAUAACUAUAACUUUAUAUAGCAUUUCACAUAGUAUUUUAUCCAUUUGGGCACUAUGGUUAUAAUCAAAAAAUUUAGAGCUCAAAGGAUCUCAGAUGAUUAGGACUAGACUGUAAUUCAAAUACACCAAUGUAUUUGUGACCUUGUUGAUUUUAAUACUCUUUCUAAUGAUAAAACUGUCAAUCCAUUCAUGUUUGCUCAUUCUAUAUAAACUCUUGUCUAUGUCCUCCAGAAGUUUGCUACACAAGGUUCAACCAACAUUCCAUGUUUAUUUUUUUUCCUGGCAUUCCAAUGGUAUCAGGGAAACACUCAGGCGAUCCACUAUAAUCCUUUAUCCUCAAUAGGUGACUGACUAGAAUACAUGACAUAUAAACACAAACCAUGUCAAUUAUGUGAUUGUACUUCUCUGACCACAUUUGGCUAAAUCAAAAUGUAUGAUAAGACUAACAUUGACAAACAUACAUAUUAGAAAACACCUCUUAAUAAAUGUGUGAAUUGGAGUUCUUUUUGAUUUUGUAGCUUAACUCAAUUCCCAAAUUGUUCUUGGUAGAAACAGCAUGGAUCCACCAGAGUUCCAAAUCCAGAGCUCUCCUUGGACUCAGGUCCUAGCAAUCCUGACUUCCUUGCCAGGUUGACUGCAACAUCCUGCCUGCAUAAUCAUCAUGAUUCAAUUCCAGAUCCAGAGACUCUACCACUUAUACCUAGAACUAAAAACAAUAAGCAAACCCUGAGCCCAUUUCUUGGGCCUAUAGUGCAUGAUGGGAGAAGCUAUGAUGUGAAUGAACAGGAUAGUCAUUCUUUGAACAUUACCAGAAAAGAUGUCUUAAAGUGAUAUAGCUUUUCUGACUAUGCAAACAAAGGGAAAAGACUAUCUUAGGUAGAUGGUAAGGGAAUGUAGAAAGUCUUCUCCCAAAAGCAUGUCCCUAAUAUCUACCACAUCUGCAUCUUCAAGUUACAUAAUCUGAGAAUGCACAAAGCACAUAAAUAGAAUUAUACUUCAUACUUAGCAGGUACAUAUGUUACAAAGUCUAAAAUCUAUUUUCAGAUAAGCAUAUGGCCAAGUAGGAGCCAUCCAAAAUUUUUAAAUAUGCAUUUUAAGGUCAUUUGAAACUAUUCGUUCUAUUAGCUGAGUAGAGCAAAGCCAAAUAGGUAAUUUUCUGUUCAAACAAAUUCUGUAGUCUCUUUGACUUUCAGCUAAGCAAAAUUCUCAAAAUUAUGCAUAGUAAAGAAGUACUUUUAUGAAUUUUUUUUAGCUUACUGCAAGUUAGAUAUUAAAUAGUAUCUAUUACCAAGAUAGGUGUUAAAAUUCCAUUAGGAAGAUGGCAUAGUGUAUAGCGCACCAGUCCUGAAGUUCCUGAGAUCAAAUUCAGCCUCAGACAUUUAAUACUCACUGUGUCAUGCUGGGCAAGUUACUUAAUACAAAUUGCCUUGCCACCACCACCCCUCAAAAAAGGAAUACUAUUUCAAAAUGAGAUGAGUUUAAAUGGUGUGAUUCAAUACAAAUCAUUUCCUAUGCACUGAGUAUAGUUCUUUUGAUUUGAAGGGGGCUUAUUUUCCAUAGAUGCCUAUUUAAAUGAACUAGUUUCUAAAUGUGAGCCAUAACAAAGGAGAAAUGUGAAUAAUUAGGAAUGUGCUCCUAAUUAUUCCUCCAAUAGAACAAAUUUCAUCUUAUAAAUGUAUUCUUUCUACCUAUACUUAGCCUACAGCAAACCAAUUUAUGGUUUUCAAAGGAUAAUAUCUGGUUUCAUUCACAAAGACUUCUUCCCAAAAGUAAUGGACUCUCAUUCACUGCAGAAGUAAUUUUUUUAAAAAGUUGAAAUAGUUAAUGAAAAAUUAGCUGACUUUUGCUUCCAAAAAAAAUGUUAUGAAAGAUUUCAGACACAUUCUUACAUACUAAUAAGAAUAUGUUCUUUUUCUUCUGGAGUGGAACCAUUAAAGAGCUCUUGCCAACCAUGUCCCAAGGACAUAUAUUUUUUAGAUAGCUGGCUGUAAUUAAAAAUAAUUUCUGGUUAUAGAAAAAAGUCAAUAAACAACCUUGUCCUUUCUAGCAUCAUGAGCUAAUUCAUAAUAAAAAAUAGCAUAGAUUCCAUUGAAAGGAUUUUAUUUUUUGAGAACCAUGAUUUUAUUAAUGUAAGUUAUGAGAGGAGACACUCUUGACAAUCCAGAUCAGAAAAUAUUGUACUAUUUAGCAAGUACUGAAAAGUAUUUGCUCAAGGUCACAGAGCCAGAUGAGUCUUAAACUCAGUUUUCCUGAUUCUAUGAUUAGUUUUCUGUCACUUUACUGCACUGCCUCUUAGAAAGAGAUCUGCUAUAUCAAUUCCGACAUCUUUGUUUUUCAUUUGGGAGAAAGGAGGGAAUAUGUGUACAUAUACAUGUGUGUUUAUAUUUUACAUAUGUGCAUACAUAUAUGUAUAAACAUAUAUGCAUGCGUGAGUAUCAAAGAGAACAUCUUGGAAUUUGCUAAUUGUUUAAAAAGAAACUAAAGAAACAUUAAUAACUACCAGUGUGAAUACAUGCUCUCCUAUAUGUACAAAAUCUUUUUUUAAUGUUAAAUUUUAACAUUGAGAUCAUCAAUUUCAAUCAAUUAUUUACAAUUAAAAUGAAAUACAGAUAGAGAAAUAUUAACUUCUUAGGUGCUGUUGGUUUGGAAGACACAAAAUAGCAUUCCUUUCCCUUGGGCUGUCUGCAAAUGCAGUUUAUUGAGCAUCACUUUUAAUGUAAGUUAACAUUAGAGUAUACUUAGAAAAUCCUAUAUGUAGUAGCAGAUUUUCAGUUGGUUUGGACAUUUUUUACCACAAAAUUUAUCAAAACUGCAAAUGCUUUUAUGUGGUGUCUUUGAUCUUUCCAUAAGCUUUUCAAUAAAUGCUGUGCAUCUGGCAAGAAAUGCUACAAUAUAACUGUAAGUCAUUCAGAAGCAUUGAUGAAUUAGAACUAAAUUUUGACAUGGCAAUAAUCAUUUUUGUGAGGGAGGAAAUCUUGAUAACUACCCACUAGUAAUGUAAAAUGUUUAUUCUUAAAUUUUUUUGUAACUUUUUAUGUCAGGUUGUAAAAAGUGAAAUAAUUUAUAUUAAAUUAUUUUUCCAGAAACAAGUUCUUUAGUAUUAGCCUUAUAUUUGUUUGCUACUGUGCAAGGAAUAUUUUGAUAUUAAUAAAUUCAGUUAAUCAGUACAUAAUAACAGCUUGUAGUGAGGGGAAAAUAGGGUUCUUCUGCUUUUAUUGCUAUUACUGUUUGAAGUAACUAUCUACUUAUAAAAGAUACUGCUUUAGUUAGACUAAGGAUAUAGCUUUAAUCACCAAAUUUUAACCUUGUUAUUUGAUUUGUUGGGAGUUUUAACUAUGAGGUGCUACUGUAAUGUAAUAAUGGUGUCACUUCAAAAGCACUACUGGUUUUAGUAAUGUUCAUUGUAUAACUGUACAUUAAUUUAGAAAGUGUCUUAAUGUAUUUCAGAAUUGGCAUUUUAGAUUUUAAAUUUAAAUUGACAAGUUCUUUUCUAUACAUAAUCUACGUUUCCUUGAUUAUAAUUUUCUUGUUUUCUCUCUUGGAAAUAAUGGUGCAAUUAAGUAGUACACUGGAACACGAGAUAAGUUUGGACAUUAAGACUGACAAACUGAACAAAAUAUAGUUCAUUUUAGCAUUUUGCCAUUUUCUAAAAUUUAGCAAUUUGCUAAAAUAAUCAUGUUUUAAUCUUACAAAGUUUUAUAUGUGACCAAAGAAAAUGAACUUAAAAAUUGGUCCUUAGUGUUUGAUGGAUUUAUUCUGCAUUUGUAUAUUUAAUAAAAACUGUCAUGUCACAAAGUA